GAAGCACGAUGACCCCAACCUAAAUUUUAAUGCUAUUCCUCAAAAAGGCAAUAGAGGCUUGUUUACUUUGGUUUGUUGUUCUCAUCACUACUUAAUGACCAGUAGUUGAUAUAAAAUACAGAGGUAAUACGGAAUCUACACUUUUAAGGACAGUGUUCCAUAGCUUUCCAGAUCUGAGCUUACCAAUCCAUAGGGACAACAAUGAAAUUAAAAGACAAGUAAAUAAAAAAGUGGGGGCAUAAAUUAUUAGGAUUUAAAGGUACAGACUGGUAUAGAUGUGCAUGCAAACAGUGCCAAUGGUACAAAUGAAUACGCAGCUCAACUUAACAUCUUUAUAAAAUCUAGCCUGGCACUGUAUCUGUUUCCCCUACCCAUUUGGGUAAGGACCACCUUAUAUCAUUAUUGGGGUUAACUUAUUUUGAGAAUUUGGCCUCAUUCUAUUUUUUCAUAAGAUGUAAAUAUAACUUUGUUCAAAGUGAUGCUGUGUUUAGUAGUGGAGAAACUUGUCUAGAUUUUAGUUUGAAGUGGUUGUGUGAAUAGUAGUAGAACAGCUUGGCUAGAAAAAUUGUCAUGAAGAAAAAUAUAUUGUGAUUAUGUAUUUAUACCUGAUAUGCAUUACAGAUGUUUAUACUUUAUAGAUUGGAUGUGAAUCUGCCUGAUAAUCCAUUAACAACAUAAAUAGAAAAGAUUAAUCAGAAGAUGGCCUCCAACUUCAGUGGAGCACUUCAACUCACUGAUCUGAAUGAUUUCAUCACACCUUCCCAGGAAUGUGUCAAACCUGUGAAAAUAGACAGACGGCCUGGCAAAGUUGGAAAAAUCAAGAUAGAAGAUGAUGGGAGUUACAUUGAAGUAUUAGAGAGUGGCAUGGAGAGAAAGCUGGAGAAGGCCAAGAUUACGCUGAAUGACUGUUUAGCAUGCAGUGGAUGUAUCACUUCAGCAGAAAGUGUCCUUAUCACACAGCAGAGCCAGGAAGAACUGUACAAGGUCCUGCGGGAAAAUCUCCGGUUACAGGAGACUGGUGAUUCCAGUGGACAAAGGGUGGUGGUGGUAUCUGUUUCUCCCCAGUCCAGAGCCUCCUUAUCAGCCAAAUACCAUCUGUCUGUCACAGAUACUGCACACAAACUUACAUGGUUCUUAAAAAAAUUAGGUGUCCACUAUGUGUUUGAUACAACAUUCUCACGCAAUUUCAGUCUACUGGAGAGUUGUAGAGAGUUUGUUCAGCGGUAUAAAGAUUCAGAGACAGACAAAUCAGCCUUGCCUAUGUUGGCAUCAGCUUGUCCAGGUUGGAUAUGUUACGCUGAAAAGACACAUGGAACCUACAUACUGCCAUACAUCAGCACAACAAAGUCCCCACAGCAAGUCAUGGGGUCACUUGUAAAGGAUUAUCUUGCUGGUCAGUUGGGUGUCCAGCCAAAUAACAUCUUCCAUGUUACAGUCAUGCCUUGUUACGACAAAAAACUGGAAGCAUCACGAUCUGAUUUCUACAAUGAUAUAUACAGCACCAGAGAUGUGGAUUGUGUCAUAACAACAGGGGAAGUGGACCAGAUGCUUAUCAAAGAAGGUUUAAACCUUGGUGAAGUGGAGGGUCUUGAUCUGGAUACAAUUGUACCUGGAAUGUCCCCACCUGAUCUGACCAAUCAUGAUGGAGGUGGAUCUGGUGGAUACCUGGAGCAUAUCAUGAAAUACAGUGUUGCCCAGAUCUUUGGGAAAGAAUGUGGCCAGCUUCAGUACAAAACUCUAAGGAAUCAGGACUUAAAGGAAGUGACCAUUGAAAUGGAGGGUCAUCCUCCCUUAAAGAUGGCUAUAGCAUAUGGAUUUAGAAACAUUCAGAAUGUUGUACAGAAGGUGAAGCGAGGCAAGUGUCCAUACCAUUUUGUGGAGAUUAUGGCAUGUCCAACAGGAUGUAAUAAUGGUGGCGGACAGUUGAAGCCAGAAGCAGGGGAAGAAACAAUGAAGGACAGACUGAAGUGUGUCACGGAACUAUAUAACUCAUUGUCCACAGUGACACCUGACUGUGUACUGGGCAUUGAGCAUUUAUAUAUUAACUGGCUAGGUGGGGCAGACUCUGACAAGGCCAAACAAAUGCUCCAUACAGAAUACCAUGGUGUGGAGAAAAUAGCAAAUGCUUUGACUAUCACCUGGUGAUAACACAGGGUCGUAGAUUUUGAAAACUGUGACUUGGUUUGGAUUAACACUCAGUUCUGCUCGACACCUAUUGAUCCUACCCAAGUAUAUCUAAAAGCUAUGAUUAUUCAGUCUCAAUAUAUGUAAUUUAUGUCUUCUGAGAAAAAACCGGAUUAUGAUACUGUUAGAUCUUGGGAAUCAUACAUAUUGGGGCUAGUUAAAUAACCAUGGAAUUAAAGAAGAUAAAAUUUAUUAAGAGUUAAAGUAUAAAAUGUUUAAAGAAUCAAAGAGGUUAAAAACAAUGUAGAAUGUGCCAGAAAUCAUAACAAUAUGUAUGGUAACGCAUGUUCUUGGACAAUAUAUAAUAAGAAUGUUUAUAAGAUUGUAACUAUGACAAGGUAAAAAUGUCCUAAAAGUUCAGGUGCAACAUAAAAUCCUGUGAUAAUUUUGAUGAUGUGUGAUGUAAUCAAUACCAUAAAAUCAUAUACAACAUA